AUCGCGCACGUGCUGCUCGGUCGGGUUGCCGCGUUUGCAGCAUCUUUGGUGGCUGCGUCGGCAGCACAUUUGAAAAGCAAAUGCAGAUCAUCAGGAUGCUGAGGCACGUGGCUGUGGCCCGUGGAGCAGUGCAGAGGCCCCUCCGCAGCUGCUGGAUGUCUGUCCUGCCAGUCCGGUGUCUGGGCAACUCGUCUUCGCAGAUCCCAGAGAAUGCCAGCUUCCACUCUGCCGCCUCCUCUGAAGCAGACCCUCCGCGGAUCCUGAUUACAGGGGGUCUUGGCCAGUUGGGAGUGGGGCUUGCUAACCUUUUAAGGAAACGAUUUGGGGAGGAAAAUGUGAUUUUGUCAGACAUAAAGAAGCCCCCCAAUUAUGUCUUACAUCGUGGCCCCUUCAUUUAUGCCGAUGUCCUGGAUUACAAGCGGCUCCGGGAGAUCGUGGUCAACCACCGCAUCACCUGGCUGUUCCAUUACAGCGCUUUGCUCAGCGCCGCUGGAGAGGCCAACGUGCCCUUGGCCCGAGCCCUGAACAUCACUGGGCUGCACCACGUCCUGGACAUCGCGACGGAGUACCACCUGCGCUUGUUUGUGCCCAGCACCAUCGCGGCUUUUGGAUCUACCUCUCCCCGAAAUCCAGCCCUUGACCUCUGCACCCAGAGGCCCAGGACCAUCUACGGGGUGUCCAAGGUGCACAUGGAGCUCAUGGGAGAGUACUAUUAUUACCGGUACGGGUUAGAUUUCCGCUGCCUGCGGUACCCUGGGAUCAUUUCUGCUGACUCGGAGCCUGGGGGAGGAACAACUGACUACGCAGUCCAUAUUUUCCACGAGGCCACAAGGAGGGGCAAAUUUGAGUGCAACCUGAAGGCCAACACCAGGCUUCCGAUGAUGGACGUCAGCGACUGCCUCAGGGCCACUCUGGAGGUCAUGAAUGCCCCCGCAGAGUCUCUCUCCAUGAGGACCUACAACAUCAGCGCCAUGAGCUUCACCCCCGAGGAGCUGGCCCAGGAGGUCCGCAGGCACCUGCCGGAGUUCCAGAUCACCUACCACGUGGACCCUAUGCGGCAGGCCAUAGCGGAUAGCUGGCCCAUGAACUUGGAUGACAGCAAUGCCCGGAAGGACUGGGGGUGGAGACACGACAUUGAUCUUCCAGAGUUGGUGACGAAGAUGCUGAACUUCCACCGUUCUGACACCAGAGUUGCCCAGACCAACUGAGGCUUCAGAGGAGGGGCCCUUGUGUCCUGACUGCCUGGGAGGACAGACAGGACCCAGGGCACCUGCACUCUUUAGAGUUGAAGGGCUGAUUGGACUACGUUCCGGCAGCUCAUUUGAACUACUGGGUGGAGGGUGGAAGUAGUUUAAGCAUUUCUAAGAUGAUGUAGGUUUGGAGGGAGGGCUUCUCGACCUUUGCUGGGUGCCUUAAACAGGUCCAAAUGCUCACGCGGCAGAGUCCAUGGAAUGCGUGGUAACGACAAGGUGACCAUUUCUGGGAAGGUGGAAGUUUGUAAUGUUUGUAUUGAAUGAAAGCCAGUUUACAUAUCACCCUAAGACUCCAUUAUUCUCUUGACCAUAGAACAAAGAUCACAUUUUAAAGACUUCCAAAGACACGCUCACUAUUCUGCAUCAUCCCACCAGAACACAAAACGUGUUUUGUGUGAGCUUGAUGUGUGAGCCGCGUGAUCACUGCAUUCCAACUCUUCAGAGGUUAUCACAUCUAAUUUAUCCUGCUGCAAGAGGUACAGCUGCGGGAAAUCAAGAGUAUCUAUGAAGAUGCAGCAAGAGAAGAGUAGCCCUCUCAUUCCUGACCCCCUCCUGCCAGUGAGCAAGGAGGGAUCUACCAGACUGGAGCUCUUGAGCUGGCCCUGUCUCAUCCGCAGGGAGUUUGUCUAAGGGUGCAGGUGUCUGGACUCUACCCAGCUGACUAAGCAGUGGGAGCAAUCCUGCCUCAGCCCCCCGGUUUAGACCAGUUCCUGGCCAAUGCUAUUUUCUAAAGAACCUUCUCUUGUUAUGUCCUUUCCCAUGUCCUCAGACUGAGCCUGCAGAGGAGUGACUCUGAAGCCUCUAGACACAGGCAAGUUAGUCUCUGGCUGCCUCAAGAGGCCCCAGGAAGUGAAAUGCCCCAUUCCUCAGAAAAUUAUGGGUAUUUUGAUAACAGGAAGAAUUGAAAGGUGUUAUAUAGAUCAUGUGUUGAUGACAAUAAAGUCAAUUAUUAUGCAUUUGGAA